AUGUGGAAACAGUUCUCAGCUGCUGAAACCCAGGCUAAAGCAAUAAAUCAACACCUCAAUCCGCCAUCACUAAAACGAUUAAGGAGUGAAGAUACAGAAUAUCAGCAUACGUGCAAACCUAUCGAUGAUCAGGAAUCCUCGUUACUAUCUGACAAUAAAAUUGGUCAUUAUACUGGUGUGAUAUCUCCAAGCAGAUGGUUCAUUUGGAUCGAGUCUUGUAAUGGUGUUUUUGAAUCGGAAGUAUAUUCGCAAAGAAAUGAAACGCUAUAUAUACCCGUGAGAGAUGAUGUCUUAAUUAAUUUAAAGAAUAUUGAACAAAUUAGCUUUGGUUCGGGAACAUACUUUAUUGGCGAUAUGCAAGCGCGAUUUACUGAUACCGCACAAGGCAAGUUCCAUGUAGUACAAAACACAGGAUAG